UUAUUGAAUUACAUAUGACAGGGAACCCACACAUCAUUUUCUACGACUGGAAUGCUCUAAACAUUCUUAAUAUUCCCACACUAUACGGACCAUGUUCUCUUCCUCAACUUCCUUCUUUCUUUGCCUUCUCCUCUUCUCUGUAACCUUUUGUCAUGUUUUGGGGGAUAAAGUAUUUACAGGAACAUAUGGAGUAAACUACGGUAGGAUAGCAGACAAUCUACCUUCUCCUGAGAGUGUGGUUACUCUUCUGAAAGCUGCAAAGAUUAGGAACAUCAGAAUAUAUGAUGCUGAUCGUCAAGUCCUGAAUGCCUUCAAAGGGUCAGGGAUUUCAAUUAGUGUUUGUGUACCAAAUGAGCUACUUAAAGAGAUAAGUGUGGGAGAGGAUCGUGCCAUGAAUUGGAUCAAACAAAACGUUGAACCAUAUCUUCCAGGGACAAAAAUCCGUGGCAUUUCCAUUGGGAAUGAGAUAUUGGGAGGAGGAGAUAUGGAGCUUUGGGAAGCUUUGGUGCCUGCAUCUAAAAAUGUGUAUUCUGCCCUUGCUAGGCUUAAUUUGGCACAUCAAAUUCAGGUCUCAACUCCACAUUCAGAGGCUGUGUUUGCAAAUUCAUACCCUCCAUCUGCAUGCACUUUUAGGGAGGAUAUUCUCCCUGUCAUGAAGCCCCUCUUGCAAUUCUUCUCACAAAUUGGCACUCCUUUCUACAUAAAUGCAUACCCUUUCUUGGCCUAUAAGAAUGAUCCCCAACACAUUGACAUAAACUAUGCUCUUUUCAAGAAAAACCCUGGGAUUUAUGAUGCCAAGACAAAGCUACACUAUGAUAACAUGUUUUUGGCCCAAGUUGAUGCAGCAUAUGCUGCCUUGGACAAACUUGGGUUUGACAAGAUGGAGGUCAUUGUUUCCGAGACUGGUUGGGCCUCUAAAGGGGAUGAUAAUGAAGCUGGGGCAACAGUGAAAAAUGCAAGGACUUACAAUAAAAAUCUGCGUAAGUUACUGCUCAAGAAAAAGGGUACCCCUUAUAGGCCCAAGAUGGUAGUCAGGGCUUAUAUAUUUGCUUUAUUUAAUGAGAAUUUGAAGCCUGGCCCAACAUCUGAGAGAAACUUUGGAUUGUUCAAGCCAGAUGGAAGCAUUUCAUAUGAUAUAGGCUUUACUGGCCUUGUACCUUCCUCAGCAACCUCCCCUUUUCUUUCCUUCAAGGGUAUUGGAUCUUUAUAUGCAGUGGUUUCUACAAGUUGUGCGGCUUUUCUUAUUCUUGUAGCAUUAUAAGCUGUCAUAAGAAUGAAUGCAUACAAGUGAUUUCAAUUAUUCUUUGGAUGUAACAAUUUUCAGAACUCACAUGCAAUUCCAAUUGUGGAAAUUCCAAAGUACAGAUGCCACGUCUCGAUAUGUCUAGCUAAUUAAUCUUUUUUUUAUUCAUCUUUAUUAAUACUCAGCAAUUUACCAUAGGCUUAAGUAUCCACUCGAUGCCUAGUUGAUGAUCAAGUAUUGAUGUUGUUUUUUUCUCUCCCAAGAUUAUAGUGAAUUUAAAUAACCUAUCAUCAUUUCUCAUUA